ACUCUCGACGUCUCUGUCCUUCGUUACGCCCACCUUCUCUUUCCUUUUGCUCAGACUUUCUUGCUCUGUGAUCUCUCUCUCUCUCUCUCUCUCUCCCGUCGCGAUAAAAAAACCAGUCUUCUUUAAAUGAACUCCCAUUUCGCAUAGCUCUCAACAGGUGAAAUCGAGGGCGAGGAUCCAUGGAGUGGACGACGGUGCAGCAUCUGGAUCUGCGCCACGUGGGACGGGGCCUGAAGCCCUUGCAGCCGCACGCGGCGUCGUUUCAUCCCCAUCAGGCACUCGUUGCCGUCGCCAUCGGAAACUUCAUCAUCGAAUUUGAUGCAUUAACAGGAAGCAAGAUCUCUUCUAUUGACGUUGGUGCACCUGCUGUCCGCAUGUCUUAUAGUCCUACAAGUGGGCAUGCUGUGAUUGCCAUCCUUGAGGAUUGUACAAUUCGCUCUUGUGAUUUUGAUGCUGAGCAAACUUGUGUGUUGCACUCUCCUGAAAAGAAGAUGGAACAAAUUUCUUCUGAUAUAGAAGUCCAUCUUGCUUUGACACCUCUCCAACCUGUUGUGUUUUUCGGUUUUCACCGAAGGAUGAGCGUAACAGUUGUUGGAACUGUUGAAGGAGGAAGGGCACCUACAAAAAUUAAGACAGACUUGAAGAAACCUAUUGUCAAUCUUUCUUGCCAUCCUCGCCUCCCUGUCCUGUAUGUGGCUUAUGCAGAUGGUUUGAUUCGAGCAUACAACAUUCAUAGCUAUGCUGUUCAUUACACACUGCAACUUGACAGCACUAUAAAGCUGAUUGGCGCUGGGGCAUUUGCUUUUCACCCAACAUUGGAAUGGAUUUUUGUUGGUGAUCGACGGGGUACGCUUUUGGCCUGGGAUGUGUCAACUGAGCGACCUAGUAUGAUUGGAAUUACACAAGUGGGUUCCCAACCAAUAACAUCAGUUGCUUGGCUCCCAAUAUUGCGGUUACUUGUCACUCUUUCCAUGGAUGGAACUCUUCAAGUGUGGAAAACUCGAGUUAUGCUUAAUCCUAAUAGACCGCCUAUGCAAGCAAAUUUUUUUGAGCCGGCUGCGAUUGAAUCAAUUGAUAUCCCUCUCAUCCUUUCUCAGCAGGGUGGAGAAGCGGUUUAUCCCUUACCGCGCAUCAAAACUUUAGAAGUUCACCCAAAACUUAAUUUAGCAGCAUUGCUGUUUGCAAAUAUGACAGGUGGAGACAAUUUGAAAGGUAGGGCUGCGUACUCUAGGGAAGGAAGGAAACAACUUUUUGCAGUUUUGCAAAGUGCAAGGGGAUCUUCAGCUUCUGUGUUGAGAGAAAAGCUUUCAUCUUUGGGUGCAUCUGGAAUAUUAGCUGACCAUCAACUUCAAGCCCAACUUCAUGAACAUCAUCUUAAAGGCCAUAGUCAGCUUACAAUGACAGACAUUGCUCGGAAGGCUUUUCUUUACAGUCAUUUUAUGGAAGGUCAUGCGAAAAAUGCUCCAAUAUCUCAGCUGCCACUCAUCACUGUUUUGGAUGCUAAACAUCAUCUGAAGGACAUUCCGGUUUGCCAGCCGUUACAUUUGGAGCUAAAUUUCUUCAAUAAAGAGAAUCGAGUUCUUCAUUAUCCUGUCAGGGCUUUUUAUGUGGAUGGCGUAAAUCUUAUGGCAUAUAAUCUAUCUACCGGAGCAGAUAGUAUCUAUAAGAAACUUUAUACAUCGAUUCCUGGAAAUGUGGAGCACCAUGUGAAGUACAUGCUUUACAGUAAAAAGCAGCACCUAUUUCUUGUUGUUUAUGAGUUUGGUAGUGCUACAAAUGAAGUCGUGCUUUAUUGGGAAAAUAAUGAUUCACUGACAGCAAACAGCAAAUAUAGCACAGUCAAAGGUCAAGAUGCUGCAUUUAUUGGUCCCAAUGAAAAUCAGUUUGCAGUUCUUGAUGAUGACAAGAGUGGACUGGCUUUAUAUAUUCUUCCAGGAUCGGUUUCACAAGAAGCUAACGAAAAGAAUGGUGUACUUGAAGAGAAUAAAUCUGCUGAUGUUGGUUCUAUUCGGGGACCCAUGCAGUUUAUGUUUGACACUGAAGUCGAUCGCAUCUUUUCUACUCCACUAGAGUCAACUCUGAUGUUUGCUUCGCAUGGGAAUCAGAUUGGCUUGGCAAAGCUGGUUCAUGGAUACCGCCUUUCAACUGCUGAUGGUCAUUAUAUAUCGACGAAAACUGAAGGGAAAAAGUUAAUCAAGUUGAAAGCAAACGAGAUUGUACUUCAGGUCCACUGGCAAGAAACUCUUAGGGGCUAUGUUGCUGGAAUUUUAACUACGAAAAGGGUGCUUAUAGUUUCUGCUGAUCUUGAUAUACUGGCAAGCAGCUGCACAAAAUUUGAUAAAGGACUUCCUUCAUUUAGAUCCCUUCUAUGGGUUGGGCCCGCACUUCUCUUUUCUACUGCCACUGCAAUUAGUGUGCUUGGCUGGGAUGGAAAAGCAAGGACCAUUCUCUCUAUCAGCAUGCCUAACGCUGUUCUGGUUGGUGCUUUGAAUGAUCGAUUGUUGCUUGCCAACCCGACAGAAAUAAAUCCCAGACAAAAGAAGGCGGUUGAGGUCAAGAGCUGUCUUGUUGGGCUUCUUGAACCUCUUCUUAUUGGAUUUGCCACUAUGCAAGAAAGUUUUGAACAGAAGCUUGACCUGUCAGAAAUAUUGUACCAAAUAACAUCAAGGUUUGACAGUUUGCGUAUAACUCCAAGGUCUCUUGAUAUACUAGCUAGAGGUUCUCCUGUUUGCGGAGAUCUUGCUGUAUCAUUAUCCCAAGCUGGCCCACAGUUUACUCAGGUGUUGCGGGGUGUCUAUGCUAUCAAAGCUCUCCGUUUUUCUACUGCUUUAUCUGUUUUGAAAGAUGAAUUCUUACGCUCUAGAGAUUAUCCUAGAUGUCCUCCAACCUCUCAUUUGUUCCACCGGUUCCGGCAGUUGGGAUAUGCGAGUAUCAAGUUUGGUCAGUUUGACAGUGCAAAAGAAACUUUCGAAGUUAUAGCAGACUAUGAAAGCAUGCUUGAUCUGUAUAUAUGCCACCUUAACCCCAGUGCUAUGCGGCGCCUUGCUCAAAAAUUGGAAGAGGAUGGCACUGAUUCAGAAUUGAGGAGAUAUUGUGAAAGGAUUUUAAGAGUCCGCUCUACCGGGUGGACACAAGGCAUUUUUGCCAACUUUUCAGCUGAGAGUAUGGUUCCCAAGGGACCUGAAUGGGGUGGUGGGAACUGGGAAAUCAAAACCCCUAUUAACUUGAAGAAUAUACCUCAGUGGGAGCUAGCUGCAGAAGUGAUGCCAUACAUGAGGACUGAUGAUGGUCCUAUCCCAUCCAUUAUUACAGAUCACAUUGGUGUUUACCUGGGUUCAAUUAAAGGCAGAGGCAACAUAGUAGAAGUAAGGGAAAAUAGCUUGGUCAAAGCUUUUACACCUGCAGGUGCUGACAAGAAGCCAAAUGGUCUUCAAAUGCCUUCAGUUAAAUAUAUCUCUAAUAAGUCCAAUGGAGUUCCUGACGGUAAUUCCAGGGGUGAUUCCUUGAUGGGUCUGGAAACCCUUGGUAAACAAUUUGCGAGUUCAACUGCUGCAGAUGAACAGGCUAAAGCUGAAGAAGAAUUUAAGAAGUCAAUGUAUGGUGCUGCUGCUGAUGGUAGCAGUAGUGAUGAGGAGGGAGUAUCAAAAACUAAAAAGAUACACAUUAGAAUACGAGACAAGCCAAUUGCAUCUGCUACGGUGGAUGUGAAUAAGAUUAAAGAAGCGACAAAGCAGCUUAAACUUGCGGAGGGGUUAGGUCCGCCCAUGAGUAGGACCAAGUCGUUAAGUGGUGGAUCACAGGACCUUGGCCAGCUUUUAUCCCAACCUUCUCCUGCUACCAGUGGAAUGGUGACUGCUCCUACAGUGUCUGCCCCUGGUGAUCUGUUUGGCAUGGACUCAUUGACACAGUCUUCAAUAGUAUCACAGCCAGCUUCUAUGGUUGGGGGUUUGGGAGUUACAGCUAGACCUAUUCCGGAGGACUUUUUCCAGAACACAAUACCUUCCCUUCAGGUUGCAGCCUCACUGCCUCCCCCGGGAACUUAUCUCUCUAAAUUGGACCAAGCUUCUCAAGGGGUUGAAAACAAGGUAACACUUAACCAAGUCAAUGCAUCUAAAGCUGAUUUUAGUCUUCCUGAUGGUGGUGUUCCUCCCCAAGCCACCCAGCAACCUGUCGUUUCAUUAGAGUCCAUUGGACUUCCUGAUGGUGGUGUCCCACCACAAUCCUUGGGUCAAGCAGCUGUCCUGCCACAGUCUCAGGUCCGGGCUGCUCAGGUCUCACUUUCUGCACAACCUCUUGAUCUUAGUGUACUUGGAGCUCCGAGUUCUGCAGAUACAGGAAAACCUCCGGCCGCUUCUGCUUCUCCCCCGUCUUCUGUGCGCCCUGGACAGGUUCCCCGUGGGGCAGCUGCUUCUGUUUGUUUCAAGACUGGACUUACUCAUCUUGAGCAGAAUCAACUUUCAGAUGCAUUAUCUUGUUUUGAUGAAGCUUUUCUUGCUCUAGCUAAAGAUCAGUCUCGUGGAGCUGAUAUUAAAGCUCAAGCAACCAUCUGUGCUCAGUAUAAGAUAGCAGUUACUCUUCUUCAGGAAAUUGGGCGGUUACAGAGAGUCCAAGGCCCGAGUGCAAUAAGUGCAAAGGAUGAGAUGGCAAGGCUGUCACGUCAUUUAGGUUCAUUGCCUCUUCUGGCAAAACAUCGUAUAAAUUGCAUCCGAACUGCCAUCAAGCGAAACAUCGAGGUGCAGAAUUAUGCUUAUGCCAAGCAGAUGCUUGAACUCCUUUUGUCCAAAGCACCUUCGGGUAAGCAGGAUGAACUAAGGAGCCUGAUUGACAUGUGUAUUCAAAGGGGUUUGUCCAACAAGUCCAUUGAUCCCUUGGAGGAUCCCUCCCAAUUCUGUUCUGCUACACUCAGCCGCCUGUCAACCAUAGGAUAUGAUGUUUGUGAUCUUUGCGGGGCCAAAUUUUCAGCUCUCUCAGCACCUGGAUGCAUUAUCUGUGGUAUGGGAAGCAUCAAGAGAUCAGAUGCACUUGCAGUGCCUGUUCCUUCACCAUUUGGUUGAGGUCCAAACAUGGGUAAUUUUGCUGCUCUAUUCUAUAGACAACUUGGGGAAUUUGGACCAUAACGUUUUGCUCUUCUUCCGCCUCAAGGAUGCUACUGCUACCGCAUAUCCCUUCGGUAGGAUUCUAGGUCGCUUAUUGAAGAGAGAAAAAAGUAGCAGGAAAAAUGCGUAUAUAAUGUAUCAUUGAUCUGUUUGUAUUUGAGCUUUGUCAAUUCUUUUUAUUCUGUUAGCUUCAUCCCCAUUGUUUCUUGUUGUAUUAUUAUACCUCACUAUAGGGUUGUCGUCAAAUUAUUGCCAUUACUGGUUU